CGUGGCGUUAGGUCUAGUCGAAGCCCAAGAAGCCGUAUGCGAGGUGAACAGAAAACGUGGAAUAGCGGAUUACAAUACGAUAAUUAAAUAAUAUGAAAAGUGGAAAGAAAUAAAGAAACGGAGAAAAGCAGUAAGAAAAGAAAAAAUAGAGAUUAGAGAUUGAAACAGAAGAAUAGCGAUAAAGAUUACUCUGCGUGUUUGUGAUUGUCUUAGAAACCAUAAGUGACCACAAAGUGGAUCCCAACGGUUCGGGUGCUUUGCGAGUUUUCGAAAACUUUGUUUCGAAAAAAAAAAAUUGUGAAACAGUGAAAAAGUUCAAAAUUUUGCUAAAAAUCGAACCACAUCUUGCGAGAAUAUAUUUCACAAAGUGCAGACCUUACGAAUUUAUAUGCUGAAAGCCUCAAAAAAUAUUUCACUAACUGCAGCGCUCAGUGACCGGUGCUAAAAAAUAUACAUAUAUUCAAGGCUUUAUUGAUAAGACCAAAGGAUUUCAAAUCAAAAAAAAAGAAGUAAAACAAACAGCUAAGCAGAAUUGUAUGUCGCAGCUGCGUUUAGUUAAUCGCUUCUUAAAUCGCUUGUCGUCAACACAUCAAAGCGAAGCCGUUGCUUUUGAUUUUCGUUCAUCGGAAUUUCCUGUAGUCCAAAGCCGGCGUUCAACGCAUUAAAAAUAUCCAAAAUUCCGAAGAAUCCGAGAAAAACACCAAAACAGUCGACACGUGCAGCGUCGUCAACCGGUGUCGGUGGUAGCGGUGGUGGUGGCACCACUAAAAUGGCAUCGAAACGGAAAGCCUCGGUGCUGCUGCAUAAGGAGACCAUUCCAGCUGCAGCGACUACAACCACCACGGACGCGUCCGGCAAUGGCGGCGGUGGUGGCGGUGUUGUGGGCAUUGGCGCCACAGCAGGCACCGUGGGUGGAAGCAUUGGCGGCGAUAAUAACACCGAAUCGGAUCCCUACGCUGGCCUAAUGAAGGAUGCUGAUAAAUUAAAGUUGAUGUUGCUGGCCUGGAAUUACCAAAACUCCAAUGCGGUACGCAACGGCACCGAGGGACCCGAUUUGGGUGUGGUUGGUGGCUUGUGGGCACAAUACCAGAAUGCUUUGGCACAAAAUGCUGCCAAUAACAAAAUGGAUACAUCGUUGUCGCCAGUGCCGCGCACAGAUGCCCCCUCGCCAAUGGAGGCGCAAGAUGAGACAAACUCGUCGGGACAGAAGGAGGAGGAUGAGGCAUCCGAGGAUGAUUCUGAUGAUAAACUGGACGAGAAGUUGGCCACACACGAUCCCGAGCGGCUGAAGGCGUUUAAUAUGUUCGUGCGACUGUUCGUGGAUGAAAAUCUCGAUCGCAUUGUUCCAAUUUCCAAACAGCCAAAGGAGAAAAUUCAAGCAAUCAUUGACUCUUGCGCCCGUCAAUUUCCCGAAUUCAGUGAUCGCUCACGCAAACGCAUUCGCACGUAUCUGAAGUCAUGUCGGCGGAACAAGAAAACGCGCGACGGUUGGGACAACACGACUCGUCCGACACCCGCGCACUUGACAUCCGUACAGGCGGAACAGAUACUAGCUAUCGCUUGCGAGAAUGAGUCCAUGAAUGCCAAGCGCAUGCGCAUCGGCCUGGAGCCAAUCACACACGCCAUACCGGCGCCUGGCUCUGCGGUCGCCGCAGCUGCAGCAGCAGCGGCAGCAGCAGCCGCGGCCGCAGUGGCUGCCACCAGUUCGUCCGCUUCCGUAGGUGGGGUUGGCAUUUCGACAAUGACAUCGGUUUCGGCUAGCGAUGCGCUCUCCACCGUCACAACGUCUACGCUGCCAUUUAUGGGCGCUGGCGGUGGUGGCUUUGCACGCUCUACACCUAAUUCCGAUGCAGCCGAGCCACUUUCGUUGACACCAGCCGCUGCCGUUGCAGCUGCUGCGGCCGCAGCUGUAGCCGCCUCGACGGCUGGUGGUGGCAGCGGUGGUAUCAACUCGGCGCGCAGCUCGCCGCUGGCAUUGAGCUCGAAUACAAGUGUGAGCGGCAGUACUAGCGGGCUGGACAUAAAACCGCUAACGGCAGCACUAUCGAACGGCAAUGCGCCAACAAAUGGCACAGUGAGCGGGUUGGCCGGCCUGCCUGCCACUAGUCCACUUUACCGGCCAUCAGACUUCACUUCACCCUCGGCAGCAUCGCCAUUCGUGGCUGCUGCUGCUGCGGCAGUAGCCGCUGGGCGUACACCCACUUAUCCCGGCUACUUCCCGGGUGUCGCCGGGCUGGGAAAUGUCACUCCCACGGAUCUCUCCAUGAAACCAUCGUCCACUAGCGCUUGCGUCACACUCACCACCGCCCCUACCACCGUCAACACUAACAACAACAUCGGCGUUAUGGGUGUGGGUGCACAGAAUCUUACCAGCCUCGUCGCCAGUGGCGGUCUUUCUGUCAACAACAACAACGCACUCGUCACAGCCACACAACAGCUACAGCAGUUGCAGCAACAGCAACAACAGCAGCAGCAGCAACAGCAACAACAACAACAGCAGCAGCAACAACAGCAACAGCAGGCAAUCAUGGCAACAGGUCUGAACGCCAAUCAGCUGGGUGGUGGUGGUGGUGGCAAUUUGAACGAUCCAAACAAUGUGGCAGCAGUACGGGCGCCGCCAUUGCUGGCGCACAAACUCACUCCCAACGAAAUAACGGCAGCGCGUCAAGUGAUCUCGGCGUACCGGGAAAGCGCGGCAUUUCUUCUGCGCACAGCCGAUCAGGUGGAGCAGCUGCUAGUGCAACAACAGUAAAUGCGCGGGCUGGGUGUUUUGUGGAAUAUGGUGGAAAUGUCUGCUGCUGUUUGAAGUGCGGCAACUUGAGUUUAUUGUUGCUUUUCGGGUUUAUUUCAUUGCAUUCUGGUAGUGACGCAAGUGGGGUGCUUUAGAUUUAAAUAAUUUUUU